AUGGAGGCACUGAAGGCCAGGCUGGAGAGUGCGUCACUCGAGUAUCAAGAGUUACAACAGGAACUGUCUUCUGCCGUCGAAGUCAGACAACGCUUGGAUGCGCAGUUGAAUGAGAACGACUUGGUGCAAAAGGAAUUCAGGACGUUGAAACCCGAGAACACUGUUUAUAAACUAGUCGGACCAGUGCUUGUACCCCAAGAUCAAGAGGAAGCCAAACAGAAUAUCGCGAAGCGGAUUGACCUCAUAAAGGGUGACAUAAACCGAGUCGAGAAGCAGUUGAAAGAUCUGACGGAGAAAUCAGAACAAAAGAAAAUGGAGAUUGUGGAGACACAAGCGGCCGCCCAAGGCAUACAACAGAAAAAUGGAAAGAAGGCUGCUGAAAAGGCUACUGCGACGUAG